UUUUUUUUUUGGCCAAACAUGGGUGCAAUAUUAGUAGUCAUAUUGCUUCAGCAAACGUCUCGGGUUUGUAAAAUUGUAAAACGUGGUACAGCACAAAGUCCUACGUCACAAUCAGGACAAUAGAACCUGGUUUAUUUUCUACAUUUUUCUUCCAGUGUCAUCACGCUUAGAACAACAAACCACACACAUCCUUGUGGGUGCUGACUUAUUUUCCAUUGGUGGGAUGUGGUCCAUAAAGUGCCGACCAGUCAGGCGUUCCGGGUUCACAACGCCAGCAGCACGACGUCCAGAUCUGUUUACAGUCGUUGGUGCUUGAGAAAUAUAAGUUCGGCAACUUUCCAAACAAAGUCCGCAUGAACCACAGACUUGUCUGUUACACAAUAGCCCUGAUUCAGCAAUGGCUCAAUCAAAGUAAGAACUAAAGCGGUUGCCAUUCCAUAAUUAGUGAAUCAAUUGUUGAAUUUGCUUACUUUCCCGGUGUAUAGGACCGAAUUUCAUAUGUAACCGAUGCUCAAUUCAAAUAGCAUAAAUGAUUUUAUGCCAAAUCGUGCUCUCUUUGACGCCAUAUGCUGAGUCUUCCUUUGUAGGCCAUUGGAUUUUUGGCAAUACUGAUGUCUCUAUCUGGUACAUAGGUCUGCUGGAAAUUUUUUCAGAAUAAUUUGAUAUACCUCCCAAAACUUUUUGAGUUUUGGAGCUGGAUGAGAAGUCUCAUCAAAUUCUUCAUUAUUUGCAAAGUGCAAAUAUUUCAUUAUCAGAGAAAAUUUGUAUUCUGACAUGACCGUGCCAAAAAAAGGAGUGGCUAGUAAUUUGUUGGUUGACAAAUACCACUUCUGCAGGGGUUUCCCCACCCCUCCCUGAAGAAUUAUUAGGCCCAGAAACUUCCAGAUGUCCUCUUUGAUUACUGGUUCCCACUUUCUGCUCCUUAAAAACCUCUGAUGCGUAGCAGCUUGUUGCUCCUGGUACCGAUUUGUCUCCGUAACAAUUUUUUCAAUAACCUCAUCGGUCAAAAAGAGAUGGAGGUAUGCCAAGGGGUUGUCAUCCUCAACAUCCACUUUGAUACCAGGUGCUCCUGUAAAUGGGGGUGCUACGUGCUCUGUACCACAGUCAAUCGAGCACCAAGUCUGCACAUCACUGGGCACAGUCGCAGGAUCAUCGCUGAAAUCGCUUUCUGUGUCUGAUGACGAACUUCCCCACGAGUCGCUAUCACUUCUGCAAGCGAUUCUGUAUCGCUGUCGCUGUUUUCCAGCAGGUCAUAUACCGGUUUUCAGGUGGAGGCAUGCUUUUUUGAUGCCAUGGUCAUUCUGCAGUUUCCAGACACAAAGUACAGUAAAACUUCAGGCAAGGGCACUGGGGGGCAAACUAAGGUCAAUUUAUUUUAUUUAGUAAUGUAUCGGUGUAUUUGUUUUAUACUUUCUGAAUUUGUCGCCCCCCCCUGCGACGCAACGCUCACAGGGAACGGAACCCAGGGCACAGUGCAUCGUCCGAAGAUUCAGCCGCUGUACACAACGGGAAUACAUCGCGGGAUCCCGGGGACAAAAAUGGGGAACUAUAUCUCAAAUGCCACAGAUCAGCAAAAUGGAAAUGCUGUGAAGUUAAUAGAGGUACCAAGGGUUUUUGUCAAUGGAACCUGUAUAGGAGGUGGGACUGAAACCAGGAAACUAAAUCAAGAGGGAAAGUUACUUCAACUUGUCCAACAAUGUAACCUCACAGCUACGCAGAGUUGACCACAAAGAUGUACAUCAUCAUUAUUAUUAUACUAGUAUGCAUGGUUAUAACUGAUUUUUUAUUUGUUUUUGCCUUAAAUUACUUUACAAGGGCUUGUUUACAGCCUAAGUACUAUGUUGACUUUUAGUCCCUCGUGUGCUUACUAAAAUUUAUUUAAAGGA